CUUUCACCCUUCUGCAUCCUACCGAAAUCAACAUCCUUUUAAAGAGGUAUCACAUUAGAUUGGACUUCGUUCUGUUCUUUUCUUUCCACUGUUUCUUCCUUUUUUCUCCUUCUGUUCUUCUGCAACUGUUUUCUUUAUUUAUUUUUUAUUUAUUUUAUUUCAUAAUCAUUACCUUCCCUGUCGCCCAGAAGGUCGCUCUUUUUUAAUGCAUUGAAUGUCAAAACAAAACGAUAUCAUCCUCAUUCCUUCAGAGACAGACACUGACGAACUAGAUGCAUCUUCCCAGCAUACAAAGACUCCUCUCGCUUCUAAAACGAAUGUGAUUCCGAUAUCUGAAACGCCUAGGCAAGAUGCACAUCUAGGAACGUUUGUUCACUCAGUUUUCACCUCUGCUUACUCAGACUCAGAUGACUUGCUUCCUAGCCCCAGAAAUGCUCUUGGCAUUACUUGCGAAUCUAACCCCGUUUCUACUCGUCCCCCUACGCUACCAUUCCCUUCUCCUCCCAAAAAAAUCCCUAACACUCCCUCGCAACCUCAUGAUCCCAUCGUUCUAUCCUCUUCUCCUCCGUCUGCCAUCUCUCAGCCAAGUCCUUUAUUUGCAUCUGCCCCACCUUCUAACCUACAGGUCAUCGAUAAUUUUCAAAAGGAAAAUGGAACUCUUGAGCUUGGAUCUUCCCCUUUGCAUAACAAAGCUGUACAUUCCGUAGCGCUCGCCGAUUCCCCACGUGACAAAGCGUCCUGUUUUAAAGAAACCAUUUUGGAUGCUUCCCACAACGCACUUCCUCAACCCGAUUCUCUUGAGAUAUUAUCCAACUCCCUUGACAGGUCUCUUCUCCACGAAAAAAAUUUACUGCAAUUCAGCUCCCUGUCUAACCGCUUUGCUGACUCGGGAAACGCAUCCGUUCACCAUUCAGAAGCUGAUACAAACCAAGUUACACGCUCCCCUCAACAAGCUCAUAAUGAUUCGAGCAUAUCUUUCGCCGAACAAACAGAUGUAGCUAAUGGGUUGGUGGGAUCGUCUGGAGGCUCUAACGUUGAAAGCACCAAACCUCCUUCCUCUUCUUCAAAACCCAAUCCUCUCAAAAAUGAUCAGGACGAACCACUCUUUGAAUUGCCUUCUGUGGAGUCAAUAUCUACAACAAUUUCUCGAAAGCGCGCUCUCGAUGCAUCCUCUGCUACUCCCGAUAAUCGACAUAAUUCAACAGACUCAACCCAGAGUAACGAUCUACAAAAACUAAAAAGACUGAAAAAAUAUUACUCAAGGAGUUUUCAAAGCUGUGUUAACGAUCACGAUAGCCGGGAGGCUCUCCAUAAUACCCUACGAAAAUCAAAAACUAUGGGAAAAGUUGGCUUGUCCAAAAAAAAGAUCGAUGAGGCCGAAAGAAAGAAGAAUAGAGAGUUACAGAGAAUUAACAAGGUAAAGAGGACUAAAGAAGACUGUUUAUCCGAAAUGAUUUUAAUUCUUGCUCAUGAAGAUUUGUUUUCCUUAUGGGGAGCUUCACUGUGUGAGUCUUUGAAACCCUUCUCUUGUGAGUUCAUAACUGCCAAAGAUCAGCUUAAAAGCACCGUGAUUUGGAAAAGAAAGGUCAACACUUACUUUGAUCAUUCAUCAAAUCGGUUCGAAUUCGUCACUGAACACAUACACAAUGAGCCAUUUUCACUUUAUCGGAUCCCCUGUUCCGAUUUCGUGACGAAAAUUGUUGAUAACAUAGUAGAUGAUUUUGUUAAAUCCUGCAAGCUUCAGUUUCCUAAAAGCAAACUCAUUUUCAUAUUAGAAGGCGUUAACAGUCAUUUCAAAAAUGUCAAGUCUGACAUUAAUCGUCAGUACGCUAACGCUGUAAACACAGGUACAAAACCCUUGCUUUUUGGUUCCCUUUCAAAAUAUCAGACGGUCACAAAAGAAGUACUGGAGAAUGAAGUAUGCAGGAUGAACGUUCAGCAUAAUGUUCUAUUGAACUAUUCCAAUGAUGAAAAAGAAACUGCCGACUGGAUUAAGUCUUUUACUUCUGACAUAGCUCUAUCACGAUAUAAACAAUCCUCCCACUUGUCUGCUAGAACUUCAUUAGCAGAAAUAGGACACGUAAAAUCAGCUGACCGAGUUGAGAAUACACUGAAUUUUAUGCUAAGGCAAAUACUGAGAGUUACCCCCAAUAUUUCGAAUGCUAUCUGCGAUCACUUUCCAUCCAUUCCCAAGCUGGUUCAAUAUUUAGAAGCAAAUGGUGAAGAAUCUUUGUCUAAUAUUAUGAUUGCUACUGCUGUGAGCGAGAGAAAUCUUGGAACAGCAUUAUCCCGUCGUAUAUACAAUACUUUUUUAGGCAGAAAAAGUGCAGAUGAUGCUCCAUAAAUACCAAUAUGCAUCUUAUUUGAUUUUUCUUUCUUUUCAGAAGUUUUACUAUUUAAUAAAUAAAUUCAUUGCUAGUUUUCUCAUAAUUUUCUCAUUUCUAACAACAUUAUCACAUCACAUAAACAUAUCAC